AAAAAAAGGGAAAAAACGGAGUCUUGUGAAAUUGGUGGUGGUGUUGAGUAGCGUCGUCUCGUCGUACUUAGCCAGAUCUGUGCGUCGCUGAGGUCUCUCAUUUGAGUCAGCAACAAGACGAAGAAGAAGAAGAAGAAGAAGAAGAAGAAGCUAUUCAUAAACUCCACCAUACGUUUUCAAGAAUCACGAUGGAUGGAAGCGGUGGUGACAGUGGUUCGUUGGCUACACCUGUGCAAAAGAAGGCACAUGAAGCAUGGAGGGUUUACCAAUACUAUCUGGACAAGACUACACCUCAUUCAACUUACAGGUGGAUCGGAACACUUGUUGUCUUUCUUAUCUACUGUUUGAGGGUUUUCUCUAUUCAGGGCUUCUACAUCAUCUCCUAUGGUCUUGGAAUCUACCUCCUGAAUCUGCUUAUCGGAUUCUUGUCGCCUCUUGUUGACCCUGAGCUCGAGGUCUCUGAUGGAGCUACUCUGCCUACUCGAGGUUCUGAUGAGUUCAAGCCAUUUAUCCGCCGUCUGCCUGAGUUCAAAUUCUGGUACUCCAUGACUAAGGCAUUCUGCAUAGCCUUUCUCAUGACGUUCUUCUCGGUCUUUGACGUUCCUGUCUUCUGGCCCAUAUUGCUUUGCUACUGGAUUGUUCUCUUUGUCCUCACUAUGAGACGCCAGAUCGCCCACAUGAUUAAGCACAAGUACAUUCCUUUCAGCAUUGGAAAACAGAAAUAUAGCGGGCGGAGAUCUUCUGCGAGCAGCGGUGGGGGCUCUCGUGCCGAUUGAUUUAGACUGUCAGCCACAUUUUCUGCAGAAGAAAGGGGGGAAAAAAGAUGGGUUUCAAAUUGCCAGUAUGGUUAAGCAGAGCUACGUGGACGAAGGAAACAAAGAAAACCAAAAAAGGGUGAUUAGUUUUUAAUAUGUUGCAGGAACAUUUGUUCUUUUUGUUAGUUCCCUUUAAUCCCAAAGUACCUCUUCUGUAUAUAUGAUUCAUUCUUUCUUUUUCCCUUAUUAAAACCUUUCAUUUGUCUCUUUGUUUAUUUGAUAAUCUCUUGAAUUUAGUCA